AUGAUCAGGAUGAAAGAAAUAGUAAAUAGUGACUGCAUGUCCGGUGGCGAUAAUGGGAGUCAAGAAUCGCGAAGCACACGAAAUAUCGCCGCGAUCGUCGAAGAAAAUCAGGGAUCAAGUCACGCGAGCAUCAGAAGGAAAAGUGCUUCUGCCGAGAAUCGGCCCACGAAGAGGGCCAAAUUUAUCAGGAAGUACUCCUCGGACUAUUUGGCCUUCGGGUUCGUCGUGGAGCCCGAUAGCGAAACCGCUCCGCGGCCUCUGUGUCUUGUAUGCGAGAAAAGUUUAUCGAAUGAUGCGAUGAAACCAUCAAAACUUCUCAGGCAUUUCCGCUCGCAACACUCAAAUCUGGCUCUGAAGUCGAUCGAGUAUUUCGAGCAGCUCUAUAAGGACAUGCAGGAGAAGACGGAAGCCGAGAGCGACUCGAUGAAAGAAAAAAUACUGAGAGCUUCGUAUGAAAUAGCCUUAUCGAUUGCGAAAAACAAAAAACCAUUCACUAUCGGCGAAAAACUGAUCAAGCCUUGUCUCAUCACUGCCUCCGAAAUACUCCUCGGUGCAGCUCAGACGCAGAAAAUAAAGAGAAUUCCCCUAUCCGCUCGAACUAUUCAGCGGAGGAUGGUGAGAAUGUCCGCUGAUGUGGAGAGUCAGCUUGUGCAGAUGAUUGAGAACACCUCCCACUUCUCGAUGCAGGUUGAUGAAUCGACUGAUGUCUCCAAUCGAGCCAUCCUACUUUGUUUCGUGAGGUUCGCCGAGAGAACAUCUAUACGGGAAGAGUUCCUGUGUGCGCUAGAUCUGCCGGGUAGAACAACAAGUUCAGCUUGUUUCACGGCUCUCAACGAUUAUUUUUCGAAACACAAGAUAGACUGGAGGAAGUGUGUCGGGAUCUGCACGGAUGGCGCAGCAAACAUGGUGGGGCGAUUAACCGGGCUGGUCACCAAAGUCAAGCAACUCGCGCAUCCCGAUUUUAUUUCAUCUCAUUGUCUCAUCCAUCGGGAGCAACUCGUAGCAAAGGGGAUGAGUGCAGAGCUCCGUGGCGUUUUGACAAUUGUUGUCAAAAUUAUUAACAAUAUCCGACACAAGGCGCUGAACUCGAGGCUCUUUGAAUCGCUCUGUGAAGAGAUGGAUUCCGAGUUCAAAAAUCUCCUCCUCCACGCCGAAGUCAGGUGGUUGUCGAGAGGCCGCAUGCUUAUGCGAUUCUUCGCGUUGCGAGAGGAAGUGAGCAUUUUCUUACGCCACCAUAAGCAUCCCGAUGCUGAGAAAUUGUCCGACAAAGAUUGGGUCGCUGAGUUGGCCUAUCUGGUGGACAUUUUCUCGCUCCUGAACGAGCUGAAUCUCUCACUCCAGGGAGACAAUCAGGACGUCUUCACAAUGAGAGGCAAGAUGGACGCCUUCCAAAAUAAGUUGUCGCUGUGGUGUACUCGGCUGGUCGAUGAUGAUGUCUCCAUGUUCCCAACAUUCCACGCUUUCGUCGUCGAGAACGACAUCGAUGCUCGGACAAUCUUUCCGUUGCUCCAGGAGCACCUCCAGUCUCUGACGGAGGCAUUUGCAUCGUAUUUUCCGCCGGAUGAGGAUCCCAGAGUGGGUCGUAUGUGGGUAUUAGACCCCUUCAGG